AUGUUAUUUGGUAUUAAAAAUGUUCCUACUUGUCUUGAAUAUUAUCCAAAUACUACGAGUGAAAAUAGUCAAUCAGCUUUAAUAUUUGGUGAUGAUUGCACUUUUAUUCAUAUAUUAUUUUUUUUAAAUUCAAUUAGUUCUCCAUUUGAUCCAGUUCGACGGAAAUCAGAUCUAACGAAAUCUGAUAAAUCACCAGCGAAUUCUAUUCAACGUAUUUGUUUGGGAUAAUUUUUUUGUCUUCAAACAAUUCCGAUACGAUUUCCUAGUACAUUAGGUGGUAAAACACCAAAUUUUGGUCUAUUUCCAAUGGAUUUAUAUCUAAAUAAAUCAACUAAUAAUGCUGAUAAAAGUUUACCCGAUAGUUUAGCUUUAGCAUGCAAUGAUUAUUUAUGUAUUAUGAAAUUAGGACAAGAUACAUCUAGAAAGAUGGUAGUUUAA